CUUUUGGCUAUAAAUUUAUGGCCGACAGCCCUUCAAAAAUACCAAAACCUAAAGAAACCCAAUAUUUUAGGUGGAGUAUUGUGUUGAGUGUUUAGGUGGGAAGAAUGUCAGGGGGAAUAAUAUUGUUGGAUUUCUGGGCAAGUAUGUUCGGGAUGAGAACCAGGAUUGCUUUGGCCGAGAAAGCGGUAAAAUACGAGUACAGGGAAGAAGAUCUGUGGAACAAGAGUGAUCUGCUGUUGGAGAUGAACCCGGUUUACCAGAAAGUACCUGUUCUUAUCCAUAAUGGCAAAGGUAUCUGUGAAUCACUCAUUCAGCUCCACUACAUCGACGAGGUCUAUAAUAAUAGAGCUCCUUUGCUCCCUGCUAAUGCUUACAAAAGGGCUAAUGUUAGAUUCUGGGCUGAUUUUGUCGACAAGAAGAUAUAUGACUCGGGUUCAAAAUUAUGGAAGACAAAGGGAGAAGAACUGGAAGCGGCAAAGAAGGAAUUCUUAGAGAACAUGAAAUUGUUGGAAGGGGAGCUUGGGGACAAGCUUUACUUUGGAGGAAGCACAGGAAAGGAUUUUGGGUACAUGGAUAUUGCUUUUGUUACAUUUUAUAGCUGGUUUUAUACCUACGAACAGUUUGGCAACUUCAGCAUUGAAGCAGAGUGCCCCAAGCUGAUUGCAUGGGUUAAGAGGUGCAUGCAAAAGGAGAGUGUUUCCAAGACCCUUCCUGACCCUCAAAAAGUCUAUGAAUUUGUCCUGGAGUUGCGGAAAAAAUAUGGGAUUGAGUGAUUUCAAUUCUGGGAUUCCAGAUUCCAGGCUUUGCUUGUUACUAUGAUUUUUAAAUAAAUGGCCAUUUAAGUGUGCCUGCAUCUUCA